AUGUCUGAAGUACAAGGAACGGUGGAGUUUUCUGUCGAGCUACAUAAGUUUUACAAUGUGGAUCUCUUUCAGAGAGGGUAUUACCAGAUCCGAAUGACCUUGAAGGUGUCCUCGAGAAUCCCCCACAGACUGAGCGCCUCCGUCGCGGGGCAGACAGGUGAUUCUGGGAGUGGAGACCGGCUGGCAGAGCAGCGGGGGAGUGUGUUGCAGGAGCACCUGGCCACAGAACACCACCUUGCCAAGGCCAGGUGGGACCUGGGGAACCUGGCUGUGGGGUUACUGACUUCAGAGGAGAGCGUGGGAACUGGCGUCCAGGAGGCGGCGAGCGCCCCUGAGCUUCGGACCCGGUCCGCGGUCAGCAAGGGAGGGCGUGGGCGAUGCCAGGAGCCAGAGGGCAGCCUGGGAAGCGGCAGUCUGGCCCCGUACAUGGCUGUCACCGCCAGCCCAGCGUCACGGGGAGGAGACGCCGCCCACCCGCGCCGGGCCCUCUGUGUGCAGCAGAGGGUGACGGCCGCGCCGAGCCGCUCAGGCUUGGGGCCCUCGCGGGUGGAAGAGGCCCUGAGUGAGGUCGAUUUCCAGCUCAAGGUGGACCUGCACUUCACGGACAGCGAGCAGCAGCUCAGGGACGUGGCCGGGGCGCCCAUGGUCAGCAGCCGCACGCUCGGCCUGCACUUGCACCCGCGGAGAGGCCUGCACCACCAGGUCCCGGUCAUGUUCGACUACUUCCACCUGUCCGUCAUCUCGGUGACCGUGCACGCGGCCCUGGUGGCCCUGCAGCAGCCCCUGGUCAGCUUCACUCGCCCGGGAAGAGGCUCCUGGCUCGGCAAAGGAGGCCCGGACGUGGGAGCGGAGCCGUCCAGCCUGACCCUGGAGAACCUGCUCUUCGGAGCUGGGUACUGCAAGCCGCCCUCCUCGGAGCUACGCAUUGUUCGGGGCGCUGAACUGGAUCUCUGGGAUCUCUGGGGUGUACUCGGCGUCCUCGGAGCAAAGGACAAGAGGGUUUUGGAUCCAGCAGGGACGCUACUGGCCCGAGGGGGCCUUGCUGACACCCGGAGCGGUCAUGCGCCCCCACUGCGGCCCCCCACCUGCCCCCACCUCCUCAUGAGGCGGCCGAGUCCCCUCCAGACUUCAGGCCCCCUGACCACAGCUGUGUCUGCCUUCCUGCUCACGCCCCUGCGCUGGGGGAGCCCCUGGCUCUCAGUGCGCCUCAUGUGGAUGGGCAUCAAGGUCAUCCCAGAACACCCUACCCUGAAGUAUUAG